AUGUUCCGAUAUGCUUCUCGACUGCUAUCGAUAUACCCCGCGCCCACACCCGACAUCGUGCUAGUCGAAUCGCCCUCCGCGCUCGAGCGCGAGAUCGGCGUCGUCCGCCGGCACGCGAUGCGCGCGUACGACGAUGCGCACGCGCACGUCCAGGGAUGGGUGUCUAAAUGGAUAGGCGUCGAGCACGCCGUCGAAAACCGCGUCAAGUCCAUCAUCUCCCCUGAAGAAUCUAUGACCCCCAACCUGCUCUACGUCGGCGUCGCCACACUCACCGGGUCAAUCCUAGGCCGCAACCGCCUCCUCCCUACACGCCUCCUGUUACCCCCCCUCUUCCUCAUGGCAUCCGCAGACUACCUCCUCCCCAAAACGACGUCGAACCUGCGCGCGUACCUCGGCGGGCUGGAGGACGCGUAUUUCCCGGCUGUAGCGGAGAAGCACGAGAUUGCGAAGGCGCAUGCGGGGAUGACGUGGGAGCGGGUGAAAGGGGCGACGGAGGGUGCGAGGGAGGGGGUGAGGGAGGGUGCGAGGGGUGCGGUGGAUUGGGUGCAGGAGGCUACGGGGCUUAAGUUGAGAGAGACGCUUGGAUGGGGUGGGAGGGGUGUUGUUGAGCAGGUGAAGGAGGUUGGGGAGGGCAAGGUUGAGGAGGUUGUGAAGCCUGUUGAGAAGAAGGUUGAUGAGGUUGAGAAGAAGGAGGAUGUUAAGCGGUUGGUGUAA